AUGUGGGAAGUGGACUCUGACACGGGGUCCCACAGCGCUUCGUCGGAUGGCCUCCGACAUCGGCAAGGAUGGGAUCCCGAGGCCGAGAGUCUCGCUUCUCAAAUGGACGAACUUGACGAAGUGCUUGCCGAGGAGGAAGAAGGCUGCCCGUUGCCGUCUACGCCCGAAGACCAACAUCUCUUAGACGCGGAAAUGGCGGAAGUCUUGAAAGCUGGCGUGCUGUCCGACGAAAUAGAUCUCGGAGCGUUGGCUCACAAUGCGGCGGAGCAGGCGGAGGAGUUCGUCCGGAAAGUUUGGGAAGCCUCUUGGAAUGUUUGCCAUUUCAGACACCUGCCACGGUGGCUGCAGGAUAACGACUACCUUCACAAAGGGCACAGGCCGCCACUACCCUCAUUCAGCGCAUGUUUUGCAUCAAUAUUCCGUAUCCACACCGAAACUGGUAAUAUCUGGACUCACCUGCUAGGAUGCGUGGCCUUCAUUGGAGUCGCUAUCUAUUUUCUUUCGCGACCAUCUAUUGAGAUACAGAUGCAAGAGAAAAUGAUCUUUGGUAGUUUGGUAUUUGCUGGUGCCAAUCGAUUCCUCAUGAUCUUGUCGGCGGAGAUAAAAGCUGAGAAUUGCCACAAGUUA